AUUAAGAAAUGUAUUUCCUAGAAUUAGGAUAUCUUCUAAAUGCAAAAACGAAUCAUGAUUUAUGAAUAAUUCAUUAUGUAAUCAGAUCAUGUAGGUCAUGAUCUUGGUGCAUUUAUUUCCCCCUGAUUCUUCCCUUGUCAAAAAAAAUUUCCUUAUUCCCUGAAAAUGAAAUUAUAACAUUAACAUUGUGGAGUUGCUGGUGCGCAGUAAGCAAACAUCUUCUCGGGUGUUUUUGUUUUGAUGAGCAAUGCCGCCUAAGGAAAAACCAGAAGAGGACUACUCCCUCAAGGAGACAACACCUAAUAUUGGCACCCGGAAUAUCGCACCCGCUAAUCAUAAGCUCACACUUGUAGAACAACGACAGUUCGUUUAUGUUAGGAUUGUGAGAGCCAAGAAUUUGCUAGUUAAUAAUGCCACUGGCACUUGUGACCCUUAUGUUGAGAUAAAGAUGGGCAACUAUAAGGGAAUAACAAGAUUUCUUGGCAAGACCUCCAAUCCUGAAUGGAACCAAGUGUUUGCUUUCACAAAGGAUGGGCUCCACACUAGGAUACUAGAUAUCUUGGUGAAAGAUAAAGAGUUGGUGCAUGAUACGCUUAUUGGUGGGGUUUCAUUCAAUAUAGCCGACAUUCCCACACGGUUUCCUCCGGAUGGUCCGUUGGCACCUCAGUGGUACAGAUUAGAGGAUAGCAAUGGGGUCAAAGUUCUGGGACUAGGAGAGCUGAUGUUGGCUGUUUGGAUAGGGAAUCAAGCAGAUGAUGCAUAUUCGAUUGCUUGGCAUUCUGAUGCUGCUGCUGUUAGCAGUCAAAGUGUAUCAAACACACGUUCUAAGAUAUAUUUAUCUCCAAGAUUGUGGUAUCUUAGAGUUCACGUGAUUGGAGCACAGGAUUUGGUGCCUGCAGAUAAGAACAGGAACCUACAAGUUUAUGUAAAGGGUAUCCUUGGGAAUAUAGUUUUAAGGAGUAGAGUUUCAGUGGAUAAGAGUGCCAAUCCUAGAUGGAAUGAGGAAUUGAUAUUUGUUGCAGCAGAGCCAUUUGAUGACCCUUUGAUUUUGAGUGUGCAAGAUAAGAUAGGAGGUAAUAAGGUGGAAUGUCUAGGAAGGUGUGUGAUUGCUCUGCAAAACGUGGACAAGCGGCUUUUACCACUAGCUAUGGGAGAUAAGUGGAUUAAUCUGGAGAGGCAUGUGGAGGGAGGUGAAGGUGAGAAGGAAGUGCAGUUCUCUAGUAGGCUUCAUCUUAAGGUGUUUUUGGAUGGUGUGUAUCAUGUUUUCGAUGAACCCACAUCUUACUGCAGUGAUUUCAGGGCAACGUCACCCGAGUUAUGGCCAGAUAGAAUUGGUAUAUUGGAAUUGGGAAUCCUGAAAGCUGAAGGCUUGCUUCCCAUGAAGUCCAAGGAUGGUCGUGGAACUACAGACGCUUAUUGCGUAGCCAAAUACGGGCAGAAGUGGGUGCGAACGAGCACUGUAAUUGACAGUUUAUCUCCAAGAUGGAAUGAACAAUAUUAUUGGGAUGUUUAUGAUCCGUGUACAGUUAUUACAGUUGGGGUUUUUGAUAAUAGUCAUAUAGGAACAGAUGACAACAAGAAUGGAGGGACAAAAGAUCCAAGAAUUGGCAAGGUAAGGAUUCGUCUGUCUACCCUUGAAACUGGUAGGAUAUACACACAUGCUUACCCGCUUAUAGUCCUGCAACCUAAUGGGUUGAAGAAAAUGGGAGAACUUCAUUUGGCUGUAAAAUUUGGUUGCACCUCUUUGUUUAAUUUGUUAUAUUCAUAUACACAGCCUUUGCUUCCUAGAAUGCAUUACACUAGCCCAUUGUCCGUGUAUGAGCUUGACAGUUUAAGGCACCAGGCUAUUUAUGUUGUCUGUUUAAGGCUGGGACGCGCGGAUCCACCUUUAAAGAGGGAGGUUGUGGAGUAUAUGCUGGAUACAGGUGCAAACACGUGGAGUCUGAGAAGAGGAAAAGCAAACUGUGAGAGAGUUCUGAGAUGCCUGAGAGGUAUUAUUGGAUUUUGGAAAUGGUUUGACGGGAUACGCCAAUGGAAGAAUCCAAUAGCAACAAUAGCAGUACACUUGGGGUUCCUUGUCCUUGUUAUCUACCCAACACUAAUAUUACCAACAUGCUUUUUCUCCUUGUUUAUAGUUGGAGUUUGGAGGUAUCUAAAGAGGCCUAGACACCCGCCUUUCGUGGAUACCAAAUUAUCUCAUGCUGAAACUGCGCAUCCUGAUGACUUGGAUGAAGAAUUCGAUCCAUUUCCAACGUCCAAGGCAGGUGAUGUUGUAAAGAAAAGGUAUGACAGAUUGAGAAGCAUAGCAGGGAGGUUGAUGACAGUGAUAGGUGACUUGGCAACUCAGUUGGAGAGAGUAAAUUCUGUGCUGAGCUGGAGGGAUCCCAAAGCUACCUUAAUGUUCCUGAUAAUGUGUUUGAUUGGUGGGUUUGUUGUAUAUAUGUCUCCUUUGAGAUACUUGGUCAUCCUUGCGGGAACAUAUGUGAUGAGGCCUCCAAGGAUGAGGGCAAAUAUUUCUUCUCUGCCCCAGAAUUUCCUUAGAAGAUUACCUGCUAAAACAGAUACAAUUUUGUAAUAAUCAACUUAUUAAUCUUUCAUCAUUGGCUAAGUCUACUCUUUCUUCUAAAUUCUAAUAAG